AACGUCAGACGACGCAGCUGUGUCCGGCGUGUUACCGUUUCUACAACAUCGCUCUCUCUCUCUUAACUAUAUUACUGCUAGUAAGGAUGAUAAUAGUCAACAGACGUAGAAACAAGUUGCAGUUUACUAACUCUUUUUCAAUAUAUUAAUGGUACUUCUUGUCGAUCAAGUGUGAAUCAACCCCGAAUCAGAGCGGUAAGGACUGAAGAUUUUGGAAGUUCAAUGUGAAAUAUAAAUAACAAACAUAUGAUUUUUACUUUUAAAUGAAAUAUUGAAUCUGCUCCUCCAAUACAACGAAAGAAUGGAAGAUAUGACAUUUAUUAAGGUAAUAGCCAAUAACAGAGAAUUCUACCUCUUCACUACAAUUAAAGAUGAGGGCUACGAUUUGAUUAUAACAGAUUGUCAAGACUUUUGGAGUGGAUUCGUGUUGAAGAAUGACAGCAAUAAUCGAUGUUCAGAUUUCCUACCAUUAACCAGAAUAUCUUAUCAGGACAGAAGUUUUAGCUAUGAAAUAGAUCAUUUUUCUAACGAAAAGAUUCUAUUCAGGUGGAAGGAGGAAAAUGCAGCCGAAGAUCUCAAAUUUAUUCUUGGUUCAGCAACACUUUCUAAAAUCGAUGACAUCAGGUGUAUGACGCAGAGAAUUUUUGACCAUUGUGUAAAUAUGAUAUCGAAUAUAAACCAGGAAGUAACGUCAGUGAAGAAAGAUAAAGAUAUGUUAUUACAAGAGAAAGCUGAUACACUCAAGCGUUUAGAUAAACUUGUUGGUACCAAAGAGACAAUGGAACAGGAGCUGUAUUCCAAGUUCUUGCUUGUUCUAAAUUCCAAAAAGACUGAAAUUUCGACACUUCGUGAAAAAGUAAAAGAUUUAGAAUCCAAAGAUUUGAAGACGUCUGAAGAGUGUGAAGAGGUCGAUUCAGACAUGGAAACAUCUCCUUCUAGCAGUAUAUAUGAACAAGAAACACAAAUUGACACGGAACCAAAACCAAUGUUUUCUGAUGAGUCAAGUGAUGAAGAAAUCAGUUUGACAUCCAGACAAAACCUGGAGACACAUUUUAAAGAAAAAAAGAGGGCAAAGGUUUUAACUACAACAACAUCAUCAUCAUCAGUUUCAUAUCCAUCAUCUACAGCCACAACAAAAAGAAAUUCAUUGCCUAGAAAACGGUCUCUCAAGAAAACUAAUCUGGAGAAUGAUACAAUGUCACCCACUGAAAUGAUUGAUAGUGACAUACUUCUUGACAACAUAUAACUAUUUACUUCUCUCUCAAGAAACCAAGCAGAUAACAUUUGAGUGCAGAGUUCAUUUCAAAGCGUCGUUUUACAAUGAAAUGCAUUUUUAAAAGCUUUAAGUUAUCUGUUUUAAAAAAAUAUCCCACCACAUCAUUUAAUUUUCCAAUCAUCAAUGAUCUAAAUUGAUGUUGUAAUACUUCUAAUACAAGUAAAAAAAAAAACAUUUGUUCAACAACAAAAAUUAAUUUGUCUUUUAAUGAAUUUUAAAAACUUAAUCUUGUCCUUAAUUGUUUCUGUGCUAUAUAUAUAUAUAUAUAUAUAUAUAUAUAUAUAUAGACAUAGAAAGCACAGCUAAUUUUGUGCAAACCAUAUAUACAUACGCACAUAUAUAUUAUAUACACAGAAUUAUUAAGUAUAUGUACAUACAUAUACAUUCUCCAUAUAUAUACAUACAUACAAAUAUAUAUAGUAUGCUCAAAAUUAAGUAUACAAUAUAUAUAUUUAUCAUAUGUAUAAUUGAUACAUACGUACAUGCAUACACAUACGCACACACACAUCUAUAUAUUUUUUAUCUAUGCAGCCCAGUAAUGAAAUUGGGGCACCUUUUAGAUACAAUCGAUAUACUUUUAGAAUGAAACAUUUAUUUUAUUAUAAACAAUAUAAAUAUGGAAUUGAAUUGUUAUUAAAGAUUGUCGUGUUUCAUACAACACAUUUUGUUUUAUUGCUUUUUAAUAUUUCUUUUGCAAAUAUUUCAUGUGCAUUUUUGUCACAUGUGUGUCACAAAUAUUUGCAUUUGCAAACACAAACAAUGCUUGUAACAUGCUUUCAAAUAAAUAUAUGGAAAUCAA